UGUGUGUGUGUGAUGUGAAGUGAGCUACGCACGCAAUGGCGAGACACACGAAGUUGGCUGCGAAGCUCAGCUGUUUGUGACAGUUGGCAGCAAGUGUGCUAUCGAUAGAUAGGCCAAUCGAUAGGCAAUCAACAACACUACAAAUCGUGCCCAAUAUCAUCCAAACGCGAGCGAGUUCAGCAUGUGCCAGAUGUUGUUAUAGACGACAGUAACAUAAAUAACAAAGAAACAACGCGCGCCCCUCUCCCCCUCAAAAAAAUAAGCAAACGAAACGAAACGUCUUAGAAAAUGACCAUGGGCGAGCGUGAGCCAACUUCGUCUCUCGUUCUGCCCGUUAUACUGAGGCCUAUUUUCACACAGCUCGAGCGACGCGACGUUGGAGCAGCACAGUCGCUGCGCUCAGCGAUACUCAAAUCGGAGCAGAACAAUCCGGGCUUCUGCUAUGACCUCGUUGCGUCGAUCGUGCGACGCGCCGAUCUAAAUGUCAACCUAAAUGAGGCCGUCUUGCGUUUGCAGGGCAACAUUACCGAGGCAGACCUUAAUGAAUAUCGCUUAACACGCACCGAGGAACCGUUCCAGGAGCUGAAUCGCAAGUCGGUGGCCCUUAAAGUGAUACUCAGUCGCAUACCCGAUGAGAUCAAUGAUCGCAAGACCUUCCUCGAGACAAUCAAGGAGAUCGCUAGCGCCAUAAAGAAGCUGCUCGAUGUGGUCAACGAGAUUGGUUCGUUUAUUCCAGGCGUCACUGGGAAGCAGGCUGUCGAGCAGCGCAAGAAGGAGUUUGUUAAAUAUUCAAAGAAGUUCAGCACAACGCUGAAGGAAUACUUCAAAGAAGGACAACCGAAUGCAGUAUUCAUAAGUGCACUUUUUUUAAUAAGGCAAACGAAUCAAAUAAUGCUGACAGUUAAGAGUAAAUGCGAGUAGAAAAUUAAAUGUUUUAAUUAAUGCAAAACUUAGUGGCAUUUUAAUUUUACGUUUAACUAACAAUCUAACAACACACACACACAACACAAUACAACAAAUACAAGCAAAGAACACAAUAUCCACAAUCUGCAAAGAAACAAAAAUAAAAUAAAACAAACCUGUUGUACUACAAAGAAAAACAAAUUGAUAAAUAGGCCUAAUGUAUUUAAAUAAUUGUAAUCACAACUAAAUUCCAAUGCAAAAAAGAAAACUACAUCUAAAAUUGAACUUGAACUUGAAGAAAACAAAAUGCAAAAGCUAAAAACAUUAGCAAUUAGAAACUGAACACUUUAUUCUUUCGUAUUUUAGUCAAUUGUGCGCGUCAUUUGUUUGUUUUUCUGUUUUUAUUUCAUUUAAUUUACAAUUUAUUGUAAAUAAUUCAUACGUUCUCUGUUGGAUCACACAACAUGCGAGUUUUGUUUUUUGUUUAGGAGAAAAACGCGAACACAAAAUAAAUUUAAUGUUAGUUAAAAGCGAUUAAAAUGAAAACGGAACACAGGAAAUGUACUAUGACAAAGAAAACAAAAACAAAAACAAAAAAAGAAGAGAAACAAUUGAAUUUUUAACUGUUUUUAAUUGUUAGAGUUUGAAAUUGAUAACUAUACAUAUAUAAACAAUACCACUUACUUAAUGAUAUGUUCAAUUUGCAAACAACAAGCGAAAGACAGAAGCAGAGAUCGCCGCUGGCCACAAAGGAGCAAGCGAGCGAAUGAAGAAAAUUAUUUUAUUUUUAAUAAAUGUUAUAUGAGAAAAACAAAACGCAUAUUGUAGAAAUAGUAAAACAAAAACGACAAAUAAAAUGUAUUUAUAUUCCAAAA